AUGUCAGACAUCGUCGCGGGACUACUCCUACGCAACAUCCCUUCCGAGCUGAUCAAGCAUGGAGGAGAGGCCACGACUACAGCAUGUACGGUACAAUGCCAACGGAUCUUGGGAGAGAAGAAAUGGCCCAAGGAGUGGACACAGUCACUGGUCAUACAACUACCGAAAAAUGGCAACCUCAAGUUGUAUGAGAGUCACCGCAUAAAAGAUUUCGACCGCGUGUGGCAUGAUGGCCUAUGGUAUGUUAUAAGACGAUUUCACAUUGACGAAGGGCUGAAGCAAGUCAUUCAAGAUUUCUACGGAAACGCCAGCAAUACAGUACUUCUCAGCGGACAGCAGGGGGACUUCUUCAGGACAUCAGUGGGCGUCCUUCAGGGAUGUCUGCUCUCUCUCGUCCUGUUAAAUCUUUUCAUUGAGAAGAUAAUUUAG